CAAAGAUAACGAUACCGUCAUGGUAUCAGGGGGUCUCCAGCUCCUUGCUUUCUUCCUGGCCUUAUCGGGGGUCUCUGGAGUGCUCACGGCCACUCUGUUGCCCAACUGGAAGGUGAAUGUGGACGCAGGCUCCAACAUCAUAACAGCCAUCGUACAGUUGCAAGGGCUGUGGAUGGACUGCACGUGGUACAGCACCGGGAUGUUCAGCUGCACCUUGAAGUACUCCACUCUGUCCCUCCCCACCCACAUGCAGGCUGCGCGGGCCACCAUGGUCCUGGCAUGUGUCCUGUCUGCUUUGGGGAUCUGCACUUCUACAGUAGGGAUGAAAUGCACUCGCUUAGGAGGGGACAGAGAAACCAAAAGUCAUGCUUCUUUUGCUGGCGGGGUCUGCUUCAUGUCUGCGGGGAUCUCUGGUUUAAUACCGACAGUGUGGUACACCAAAGAGAUCAUAGCAAACUUCCUGGAUCUGACAGUGCCUGAAAGCCACAAACACGAACCUGGAGGAGCUGUCUACAUCGGAUUCAUUUCGGCCAUGCUGCUGUUUAUCUCUGGCGUGAUUUUCUGCACUUCCUGUAUAAAAAAGAAUUCAGAAGCUUGGGUUGACCCACCCAAGCAGGAGCAUAUCUCCAGCACACAGCUGGAGGGCAAUUCAGCAUACAACCUGAAGGAUUAUGUGUAAAUAACUGUGUAAUGCAUAUAGAAUUUCUAGG